CUAGGCGCCAUGGCCACACCUACCUAACAUAUAUAUAUAUAUAUAACCCCCAUUGAUAUAUAUCAUUUCAAUUUGCAAAAACACAAUCUAUAUUAUUGCUAAUUUAAAAAAUAAACAAUGCAUGAACAACUAGGUGUUGUGUUGAACUCAACACUCAUGGUGUUGCUUGCACCGACGUUAGUAGUCUUGAUAUUAGGCAUCAUUUCAAGAUUAAGGCGGAAACCGUACCCGCCGGGCCCAAGGGGCCUACCGAUUAUCGGUAACUUAAUGAUGGCCGAUCAACUUAACCACCGUGGGCUAGCUAAGCUUGCCCAAAGUUACGGCGGGUUGUUUCACCUCAAGAUGGGUUUUGUCCACAUGAUGGUGGUCUCUAGCCCGGAGGUGGCCCGACAAGUCCUUCAAGUCCAAGACAACAUUUUUUCCAACCGCCCCGAAACCAUCGCCAUUAACUACCUUACCUAUGGUGGGGCUGAUUUUGUUUUCGCCCAUUGCGGCCCGUUUUGGCGCAUGAUGCGUAAGCUGUCCGUCAUGCGGCUAUUUAGCCGUAAACGGACUGAAACGUGGCAGUCCGUUCGCGACGAGGUAGACCACAUUGUUAAGGUCUUAUCGGGCCGGGUUGGGUCUCCCGUUAAUAUAGGGGAGCAUGUAUUUAAUCUUACAAAAAAUGUUAUAUACCGUGCUGCCUUAGGGACCAAAAUGUCUGAUGGCCAGGAUAAGUUCCUUGCCGUCCUUCAGGAGCUUUCCCAGCUUUUUGGAGCGUUAAAUAUUGCAGAUUACAUACCUCUUCUAAAGUGGGCUGACCCAAAUGGGCUUAGUGACCGGCUUGUUAAGGCUCGGAGCACAUUGGGCGGGUUUAUUGAUCCCAUUAUUGAUGAUCAUUUGAAAAAGAAGAAGGCUGUGAAUGGACAUGUAAAACAAGAAAAUAAAGUUGAAGACGAUUUUGAUAUAGUGGAUGAGUUGUUGAACUUUUACACUGAGGAUGAUAAAGUUCAUCAACAAGAUUCUCAGGAUAUCAAACUUACAAGGAAUAACAUCAAAGCUAUCAUCAUGGAUAUAACAUUUGGUGCGACAGAGACAGUUGCAUGGACGAUAGAAUGGGCUAUAACAGAGUUACUAUCCAACCCCGAGUACAUGGACCGGGUUCAACAAGAGCUCACCCGUGUUGUCGGGUUGAAUCGACGGGUGGAAGAAUCAGAUCUUGAUAAGCUCCCAUUCUUCAAGUGUUGCAUGAAAGAGACCUUACGAUUGCACCCACCAAUUCCCCUUCUACUCCAUGCAACUUCAAAUGAUGCAAUUAUCGGAGGUCAAUACUACAUUCCGAAACAAUCACAGGUUUUGGUCAAUACAUGGGCUAUUGGCCGAGACCCGAACUCAUGGUCUGAUCCGGAUAGGUUCAAACCCGAAAGGUUCCUUGACGAGAGUGCACCCGAGAUUAAGGGAAAAGAUUUUGAGUUCAUACCAUUCGGGUCGGGUAGGAGGUCUUGCCCCGGUAUGGGGCUUGCGUUAUUUACACUUGAGAUAUGUGCGGUGAACUUACUACAUUGCUUUACGUGGGAGCUGCCAGAUGGGAUGAAACCGAGUGAACUGAACAUGGAUGAAACCUUUGGGCUCACUAUUUCUAAGAUGAGUCGACUCGUUGCUGUGCCGAGUCACCGCCUAUUGUGCCCACUCAACUCUUGAUAAGUCAGCACCCCAACUCCAAGUCCUAAAAAAGCACGUCUCAAUAAGGAUUUUUUCCACUCCUUCCUCAAGACCGCUAAAUUUGCUUUUCACAGAGCAUGUAACGCAAUGUUGUACCAGUAUAAUUAGUAAUGGUCCGUUCAUGUUUGUUUCGUUACUAUAUUAUAUAUAAAAAAGCGUGUUCUCUUAUACAGUUAUACUCCCUUCGUCUCU